UCUAUCUCUCUUGUAAAACACCAAAACACAGGCUUGUAGGAGAGAGAGAUGCGUUGCUAUGGAUUAAUGAUCCCAGGAAGCGAAACCGCUCGCUUCUAUCUAUCACCAUUGAAGCCUGAGUCGAGCCCAAUUCUACGGUUUAAACCCGUUACAAGAAUCCCAAUGGGGUCAUUCAAAACCAAAACCACAAUCAAUGCAAAAAUCACCACAGAAUUGGGUCAGAUGACCUUGUAUGAGUUACUGGGCAUACCCGAAUCCGGGACAUUUCCUGAGAUAAAACAAGCGUACAAGCAAUUGGCAAGAAAGUACCAUCCAGAUGUUUCACCUCCGGGUCGGGUCGAAGAGUAUACCCGGAGGUUUAUUCGGGUUCAAGAGGCUUAUGAGACGUUAUCGGAUCCAAGAACGAAAGAGAUUUAUGAUCGUGAUAUGGCUAGAGGUCUUCAUUUAGCUUUCUCUGCUAGGAGACGUUAUCCAUAUCAAAAUGAUGAGGAAAUGGAAGGGAGAAGUGAAUGGAAGAAUUGCUGGCAGUCUCAGCUAUCAGAGCUGAAGAGAAGAGGCACGAACAAGGAUGCUGGUGGCAGCAGCAUGUCAUGGGCAGCUCGAAUGAGGAGACGCAGGGAAGGAUUAUCUGAGGAACUUUAGAUAGGUUUUGUUAUACUCAGUGUAUAUACUUGUCUUUAUUGAGAUGCUUAUUCAAGAACUGUCUGGUUAGCAUUGCCAUAAGCAGCAAUAAAGUUAUAUCAGCAUGCUAACCAAACAGUUACCUGAUAUCGGAAAUUGUAGAGUUGUUUCCAUGACUUGCUGCCCACUUUACGCUGUACAUAAAGUUAACUGCUAUUGCUUGCUCCUUCAAGUGUUAUCUCCACUGCUGAAGCUAGAAUUAGUGUCUGAAAUAUAUUAAGUUUUGAAGCA